AUACACUUUAAAAGAUUAUUGUUACUUUGCAUAAUUAUUCAACAUGUGUUUUUAAUAUGUCAAAAGAAAAGUGUUUUUGUCAUUGUGCGCCAAGACUCUUGAAAGAAGAACAUCAGGGAGAACAUACUCUGUCAAUAUCAAAUUCAAAGUGAAAGAAAAGCAGCGCACCAUAUUAUCUAGGGUCUCACUAUGAUAAUCAAAAGGCAUUUCCAAAACGUCUAUCCUUCCUUUGUCUAUGGAUUCCUUAUUCUUACAAGUUUGAUGAAAGUACAUCCAAUGGCCAAUGCUGGUGAUUUGGGAAAAAUGUGCAACUCGACUCAAACAAACCAGACAAAUUGCACAAGGAAUGAGACUGGUUCUCGUAAUCAAAGUGAUAACAAACCCAAGAACAGUAACUCGCUUCCUCAAGAAAUAUUAAUAACAACAAUGGUGAUCUCCACAGUUGGUGUCCUUACAAAUGGUAUUCUUAUUGUUGUUAUUGUGAAGGAUCCUUUAAACAUGCUAAGACGAGGGCCGUGGAUUACCAUCUUAAGCUUAUCUAUAGCAGACAUCACUGCAUCUUUGUCUCAAUUCAUGAUUGUUGGACUGGGUAGAUUGUUCGAGGUCAAACCAUCACAAGCUGUCAUUUAUUCUGUUCUUUUCUUUUGGAUGUUUGGGGCUGCGGGCUCAUUUUUUCACUUGACAUCACUCACAUGGCAAACUUACAUAAUUGCAAAGUAUCCCAUACGUAGCCGACAGAUGUUGUCUACCAGAAAAAUAUACAAAUUAUGUGCGACUGUUUGGUUGAUUGCCAUUGGCAUGGCAUUUGCUGAAGUCACAUCACUUUACAUAAAAAAAUUUGACCAGCUUAUGUAUAUCUAUAUCACAGUAUAUGCUGUCUUGGAAAUCGCUGUUUUACUUCAGAUCAUAUUGAAGUGUUUCAUUCUUAAGGUUGUAUUGCAAAGUCGACAAGACACUAAAGUAAAUGCUGAACAGCACAACACUAAACACCUUGAAAUUGUAAAGACAAUCAUUGUGCUGAAUGCCUUAUUACUGGUAACUGCAUUUCCUUUUUUUGUCGCCAAACAAGUGGAGUUUAUUCAAAGGCUAGGGAAACUACAAAGUGAAUUGGCUUGGCGCUUUUCGUAUUACUAUACGCCAGUGGCCAUGGUGAAUUUUAAUGUCAAUCCAAUUGUGUAUGCACUGAGGCUUCCAGAUUAUCGAAACAGUAUGAAGGCGUUGUUUAGAAAAAGAAUACUGUUUUUACUCCAACAUCCCAGUCAACGACCUUUUCCUUCCGGUCCACCAAUAAGACAUUUGCGAUUUAACUACAUUCAUCGUUCAUAACUUUAUGAUUAAUACAUAAACUUUUUAUUUUGGUAUAGUAUAGGUUAUAUUAGCAUAGUUUUCAAGAGAAGAUGAAAGACAAAGAAACUAUCAUGAUUUGUAGCGAGAUUUAAACUGACUAAAAUUUACAGCCAACUUUUUGAUUUUUCUUUUCAUGAGAAAGAUCAGGAGUGUAAUACUUUUUUAACGGUACAUAUAAUUAAUCAAAUAAACCUUGAACUUAGA